GUGCUGGGUGGAAUAUUAACUCUGCUGCUCAAAACAAACAGACAGCAGCAUCUGAGUACAUAUAGGAGAAGCGCUCAUCUAUCUGGGGCAAUUCCUCCCGCAUCUGAUGACCCGGCUCCACACAGGACACGGUGAUGAAGGUGAGAUCUUUCCUGACACUCAGCAGACAACUGGCAAAAUGUGUCCUCCACCCAGAAAAGAGGCUACAAGUCAGAUCCUGCAGCCUGGCUGCCUGCGCCCUCCAGCACAAGGAUGGAAACUUGCACCCUAUAUGGAAAGGACCUUUAAACAUCCCCGGAGGAUCCCGCCAGUCUCCUAUCAACAUUCGUGUACGGGAUAGUGUUUUUCACCCAAAUCUUGCACCUAUCUCCACCCAGUAUGACCCCAAUACGUGUAUUCACAUCUGGAACAAUGGUUACUCCUUCCUGGUGGAGUACGAUGACUGCACGGACAAAUCAGUGGUGAGUGGCGGACCCCUGGAGAACCCCUACAGACUCAAGCAGUUCCAUUUCCAUUGGGGGGCCAAUAAUGACUGGGGCUCGGAGCACACGGUGGACAGCAAGGUGUUUCCUGCAGAGCUCCACCUUGUGCAUUGGAACUGCUCCAAGUACCGGACCUUCGAGGAGGCGGUCAUGGAAGAGAGCGGCUUGGCUGUCAUCGGCAUAUUCUUAAAGCUCGGCAGGUACAACGAGAAGCUCCAGAAGCUGGUAGACAUAUUGCCUUCUGUCCGAUAUAAGGACGCUCUUACAGAGUUUAAUUAUUUCGACCCCUCCUGCCUUCUGCCGACCUGCAGUGAUUACUGGACCUACUCCGGCUCGCUGACCACGCCGCCGCUGACCGAGUCCGUGACUUGGAUUAUGAUGAAGAAACCAAUUGAAGUCGACCACAGUCAGCUUGCGGUAUUUCGCAGUCUUCUCUACACUGCUGUGGGCGAAGAAGAGAAAAACAUGGUGGACAACUUCCGUCCUCUCCAGCCACUCAUGAACCGCACCGUCCAUUCCUCCUUUGAACCAGCCCUAAAGAUGUCCGAAUUCAAAAAAACGGAUGUUCAGGCCGGGUAGAGCGCGGUCCUUCUGAUCGAGUCGCGGUCCUCACAGCCGCGUGCACAUUCCGGUGUACCAUCUCUGCAUUACCACAUAAGAGAUCUAACCCCUAAUCUUCACCCUGGGAUCACGUUUCCAUAUUGUUCCGCCUUUUCCGGGUUACACUGAUCGGUUUACAGGCGCUUCAGAGCUGAACAUCGGUGCCUUUUUUAUAUUCAUUUGCAUUUUACUAUUUUUUUAGAUUUUUUUAUUUUUUUUGCAGUCUUUUUUAAGAGAUACAACUGGUUUUAAGUGACCUUAGAAUAAUGUGGGGUGGCCGCGCUCGGUCAUGUGACCUAAUGGUCGGGUGCAGGAGCCUUCCAGGAGGUGCUGAUGCGAUAUGUGACCCAUGAGCGCCGCUACCUACGUCUUACAUUUCACAUGCAGUGGUUGGAGUAUAACCCCCCACAUUGCAGGCCUGGUAUGUUGUCUUCUGUCCUUGCUGUGCAUUACAUUAGUUCCUGUUCGUCUGGUUAUAGGAGUUGAUAUACCUCUGCGGAGCAUGCUGGGUGUAGUAGUUAAUGUUUCCCCUGAAGUGCUGUUUUCUUAAAGGGACAGGAACCCGGCAGUCUGUCCUCUUGCUGUUGAGUUGACGGGGUGCAUCGCAUCGUUUUCAGACUGUAGGAUGGGGGGAUGCAUGCUAUGGCUUUCUGUUAUCAGAUAUUUCGGUUGGUGCCCGCCUUCGGUAGGACGGGUAGUAAUGUUCUAGGUGAUAGACGUUUACCCCCUCGCGUUCUCACCAGUGUCGUAUGCGCCUCGGGUGCAGGUGAUGGGUUCACUUAUGGAGUCUGUUCUGUAAAAUGUAUCCGAAUAGAGAUUUAUUAAAGGCUUUUUUUUAACUCUAACAUUCUGCCUCAUUCUUCAGGAGAUGCCGACCCCUGGGGGAGCGCUGUCCCUUUAAGUUGCUCUGAUUCCCAUACAUGAGACAAUGCAGCCAUUCAGCGCCGGCGGAUUGUCAGCUCUUCCUCCUGCUUUGUGGGAAACUGGAUGUUUUUCCUUUUCAUGGGGAGGUGAUCGAGCAUCAGA